AAAUCGAGUUGUGAGAAAGUGCGGCUGGGAUGGGGGAAGGAGACUCGGGGCAUGUGGGUCCCCAGCGGUCCGUGAUCUGGCCUUAGUCGCGGCUCCGUUGGCCCACUCCGCGCGUGUACGUGGUCGCUCCGCGUGGAAGAGAGCAUCUGGAGGAGAAAAAUACCCCUAGGGAAAGACAGCUUCCCCCAACCCUGCACGGUCCCGGGGUUAGCCCACGGAGAACCGCGGAUCCUUUUUGCCCACGGAGGUGGUUGCUCCGGGAACAUGAAUCUGCUGCCUAAAAGCUCCAAGGAAUUUGGGUCCGUGGAUUACUGGGAGAAAUUCUUUCAGCAGCGGGGAAAGAGAGCCUUUGAGUGGUACGGGAGCUACCUGGACCUGUGCGGGGUGCUGCACAAAUACAUCAAGGCCAAGGACAAGGUGCUGGUGGUUGGAUGUGGUAACUCAGAGUUGAGUGAACAGCUUUAUGAUGUGGGCUACCAGGAUAUUGUGAACAUCGACAUCAGUGAGGUAGUCAUCAAGCAGAUGAAAGAACGAAAUGCUAGCAGGCGAUCUCAGAUGAGUUUCCUGCAGAUGGACAUGACAAAGAUGGAGUUCCCGGAUGCCUCCUUUCAGGUGGUGUUGGACAAAGGCACCCUGGAUGCCGUCCUGACAGAUGAGGAAGAGAAAACGCUGGAAAAGGUGGACAGGAUGCUGGCAGAGGUGGGCCGGGUGCUGCAGGUGGGAGGCCGAUAUCUGUGCAUCUCCCUGGCCCAGGCUCACAUCUUGAAGAAAGUUGUGGGCCACUUCUCCAGGGAAGGCUGGAUGGUAAGGGUGCACCAAGUAACCAGCAGCCAGAACCAGUCAUCAGAGACGGAGCCACAGUUUUCCCUGCCUGUUUUUGCUUUCAUCAUGACCAAAUUCAGGUCAGUUUCUGGCUCUGCCCUUCAGAUCCUUGAGCUGUGUGCUCAGGAACAGAGUAAGCCAGUACGGCUGGAGAAUCCCGAGCGGCUAGCAGAGGCAGUGCGAGAGCGGCAGAGGUAUGCCUGGUUGCGGAGCCAGCUGAGCCGAAAGACUGGACCUGGGAGUGUGUCCCUGGAUUUAUGUGAUGGGAGCACUGGGGAGCCACGCUAUACCCUGCAUGUUGUGGACACCCCCACCGUGAAGCCAUCCAGAGACAAUCAUUUUGCCAUUUUCAUCAUUCCCCAGGGCCGAGAGACAGAGUGGCUGUUCGGCACGGAGGAAGGUCGGAAGCAGCUGGCAGCCAGUGCGGGCUUCAGGCGCCUGAUCACAGUGGCCUUGCACAGGGAUCAGCAGUACCAAGGCAUGGACAGCAUCCAGGCCGAGCUGUCAGGGAAAGUCAUGGAGCUGGCCCCUCCAGGGCUGCCAGCCCAGCAGCAGGUGCCUUUCUUGUCUGUUGGCGGGGACAUUGGGGUCCGGACCAUUCAGCACCGAGACUGUAGUUCCUUGAGUGGGGACUACGUCAUUGAAGACGUGCAGGGGGAUGACAAGCGCUACUUCCGACGUCUGAUCUUUCUCAGCAACAGGAAUGUGGUGCAGUCGGAAGCCAGGUUGCUGACUGAUACACCUCAUCGAGCCCAAAAGAAACGGAAAAAGGAUAAGAAGAAACUUCGACCAGCUGAUGCUCUAGAGAAUCCUCCUGUUUCUGCAAAUCAGCCCAUUGAUAAGAGUUUUCUGUGCUGUGAACACCACAAGGCCAUGAUUGCUGGACUGGCCUUGCUGAAAAACCCAGAGACACUCCCAGAGGCUGCGCUGUCCUUACUGGUGGUUGGUCUGGGUGGUGGCAGCCUGCCCCUCUUCAUCCACGAUCACUUCUUGAAGUCUCACAUCGAUGCUGUGGAGAUUGACCCUUCUGUGCUGGAGGUGGCCACCCGCUGGUUUGGCUUCACCCAGAGUGACCGGAUGAAAGUUCACAUUGCAGACGGCCUGGAUUACAUCACCAACCUGGCCGGAGAAGCACAGCCUCGCUAUGAUGUCAUCAUGUUUGACGUGGACAGCAAGGACCCAUCGGUAGGAAUGAGCUGUCCCCCUCCAGCCUUUGUGGACCACGCUUUUCUGCAAAACGUCAAAAGGAUCCUGACCCCAGAAGGUGUCUUCAUUCUGAACUUGGUGUGUCGAGACUCGGGGUUGAAGGACUCGGUGCUGGCCGGGCUUAAGAAGGUGUUCCCCCUGCUCUAUGUACGGCAGAUCGAAGGCGAGGUCAAUGAGAUCCUCUUCUGCCAGCUGCAGCCCGAGCAUAAGCUGGCUACCCCCGAGCUCCUGGAGAUGGCCCAGGCCCUGGAAAGGACACUCAGGAGACCAGGAAAGGGCUUUGAUAGCACAUACGUCCUGUCAGACAUGCUCAAGACUGUGAAGAUCGUGUGAUGACUGAGGGCAGGGCAGUGGAGCGACAUAAUCGGUCCUUGGGGACAGAAACGAAGAGAAAAAUAACAAAGAUAAUUUGAAAGCC